AACCAAACAGGCCGUAGACUCACUAGCCGUAGCCGCCCAAUCUCUAGGGUUUUGUUUCCUUCCUUGACCAUUCCCCUCGCGGAGGCCGGAGGGGGAGUCGCCGUCUAGGGUUUCCGCUCCCUGCCCCCAUCCACCCCCUCACCACCAUCACCAUGGACGACUACUUGGAGAAGGCAGUCGAGCCCCCUGUCCCGUCAACCAACGGCGCGGGCGAGAAGGACCGCAGCUCGCGCCGCCGCGACCUAGAAGAGCGCGGAUCCAAGCGUCCUCGCUCGGGAGAAGAUGGGAAGGAGAAGGUUAGGGAGAAAGAUGAGGGCCGCGACCGCGAUUUCAGUUCAUUUCAGCGUCAUGUUAGUCAUGUACUAACAAAUGAUCAAGUCACUGCAUUACUGAAGCAGAAGAAUAAAUAUAAAUGGGAGAUGCCUGCAGUGGACAUUCCAAAAUCCAAAUGGGUUGGAACGGGUGAAAACAUGCAGGGAGCUCCUGAUGAUCCUUUUGUUGAUGUCAAAGGAAAACUGAGGGACCACUGGCAAAAUACCCUGUCUGAUAACUUGAAUUCUAGAUUGAGGUUCUUCUCACUUUGUAAUAGUUAUCGCGACAUAAUGCAUUGUAAUAAGAAGCCAUUUUACCUUAAGGGUAGUAAGGUGGAUUCCAGUACUAUGGAUGCAUAUAUUAUGCAUGCUUUGAGUCAUGUUCAUAGAACAAGAGAUGUUGUCAUUAAAAAUGACGCGAAGCUUAGGAAUGAUGCUAACACAGAUAUUCUGGAUGACAACUUGUACCGUGAUCAGGGUUUUACACGUCCAAAGGUUCUUUUCUUAUUACCUCUCAAAAGCAGUGCACGGCGUGUAGUGAAGAGAUUAAUCCAAUUAUCUCCCUUGACACAAAAGGAUAAUGCCAUGGGACUAUUCAAAAAGGAGUUUGAUGAAUCAGACGAUGAAGAGGAGACUGAAAAUAGUUCGAAACCCGCAGAUUUUAACCUUCUUUUUGCUGGGGAUGUUGAAGAUCACUUUCUUUUUGGGAUAAAAUAUACAAAGAAAUCUGUUAAGCUAUACAGUAACUUCUAUGCUUCUGAUAUCAUAGUGGCAUCUCCUUUAGCGCUUAAACUUAAAAUCGAUGGAGGUGAAGAUGUCAAGAAAAAGGGGCAUGGCAAGGAAAAUGAUUCCGAUUUCCUGUCAUCAAUUGAAAUAGUGGUGGUUGAUCACGCAGAUGUGAUAUCUAUGCAGAAUUGGUCACAUCUCCAUUCUGUUCUUGAACAACUAAACCAGUUGCCAUCAAAAGAACAUGUAGCCAACGUGAUGCGGAUUAGGCCAUGGUACCUAGACCAGCAUGCACGUUAUUAUCGGCAAACAAUAGUCCUAAGCUCGUAUCUUACACCUGAAAUGAAUGCUUUAUUUAACGGAUCAUGCUCAAAUUAUGAGGGAAAGGUUAAGCUGGUGACUGAGUUUACAGGUGUUCUUCCCAAAAUACAGCUUGAAGUACGGCAGGUGUAUGAACGGUUUGAUGCAUCUUCUGUUGGUGAAUCUGAUGAUGCCCGCUUUGAUUAUUUCUGCACAAGGGUAUACCCAAAGAUUCAGGAGUCAGAUGAGGGUGGAGUGUUGCUAUUUGUCAGUUCCUAUUUUGAAUAUAUUAGGAUGAGCAAUUUUUUAAAAUCUCAGGAUGCGUCCUUUUGUAGAAUUGGAGAGGCUACGUCACAACCGGAUAUAUCACGUGCAAGACUCUGGUUUUUUGAGGGCCAGAAGAAGAUCUUGCUCUAUAGUGAGAGAUCUCACUUCUUCCACAGAUACAAGAUUAGAGGAGGACAUCAUUUGGUUGUCUACUCAUUGCCAGGGAGAAAAGAUUUCUAUCCAGAGCUUGUAAAUAUGCUUGGCGAAUCACCAAAUCCGAAGUGCAAUGUACUUUUUUCUCCUCUGGAUAUUCUUAAGUUGGAACGAAUUGUUGGAACAUCUUCUGCACGAAGGCUGAUUUCUUCUGACAAGAGCAUGUUCGUAUUCUGCUGACAGCCUACCUAAAACUUUGAAACAUUAGUUGGGAGCUGUCACCAUAGGCUUAAACAGAAAUCCAUUUCUUAGUACAGCUUUUUUUUUUUUUUGUAUCUGAAACUAUUCUAGUAGAUCAUAUAGAGAUUUCUCUUAUGUUUGUUUGUUUGUGAUCGAUGCUCUGCGGCAGCGCGCUCAUAAAUUUUGGUUAUGUCAUGUACUGAUGAUUUAUUUGGAGAAGGUCGUCAAGGUAAAAAAAAAGUCUGGUUGGGAAGAACCUAUUAUCACUA